GCCCGUUUAUUAGUACUUUUUUCAUACCACAACCCAGCCCACAUCUCCUACUUUCGAGAGAGAGAUGGCGGGAGGAGGAGAAGGGGGAACGCCGUUAGAGUACACGCCGACGUGGAUAGUCGCUGCCGUUUGCUCUGUUAUCGUCAUGAUCUCCCUUGCUCUAGAGCGGAUACUUCACUUCCUCGGAAAGUACCUGAAAAGAAAGAACCAGAAGCCUCUCUACGAAGCCCUACAGAAAGUGAAAGAAGAAUUGAUGCUCCUGGGGUUCAUCUCUCUGCUGCUGACCGUCUUCCAAGGUUUGAUCGGUCACAUGUGCAUCCCUGAGCGGUUUACCCGCCACCUGCUUCCUUGUAAGAGGGGGGAGCUGCACGAGGAGCAGACGUCCCAUUACCAAUCAGCAUUCUUCCACUUCCCCAGUGUUUUAGGCCAUGGGAGGCGGCUCCUUGCCGAAGGAUCCGGCAGUGGUCAUUGCGCGAGGAAGGGGAAGGUUCCAUUGUUAUCUCUAGAAGCAUUACAUCAUUUGCACAUCUUCAUCUUCGUGCUGGCUAUCGUCCAUGUGGCUUUCUCUGUUCUGACUAUGAUUUUGGGAGGAGCAAGGAUACGUCAAUGGAAACAUUGGGAGGAUUCUAUUAAGAAAGAUAAAUAUGAUCAAGACAAGGGUGGCAAUAUUUGUGCAGUUGUGAAUAAGAAGGUGACUCAUGUGCAUCAGCAUGCUUUUAUCAGGGACCAUUUUCUUGGAAUUGGGUUUUGUUCAACCAUUCUAAGUUGGCUGCAUUCUUUUGCCAAACAAUUUUAUGCAUCUGUGACCAAAUCAGAUUACAUCACACUGCGUCUCGGUUUCAUUAUGAUGCAUUGCAGAGGAAACCCAAAAUUUGAUUUCCACAGGUACAUGAUACGAGCCCUUGAAGCUGAUUUUAAGAAGGUUGUUGGCAUAAGUUGGUACCUUUGGAUUUUCGUGGUCAUUUUCUUGACGCUGAAUGUUGAGGGUUGGCAUACAUAUUUUUGGAUAGCCUUCCUUCCACUGAUUCUUCUACUUGCUGUGGGGGCUAAGCUGGAAUAUAUAAUAACUAGGUUAGCCCAUGAUGUUGCUGAGAAACAUGUGGCUGUUGAAGGGGACUUGGUGGUUCAGCCUUCAGAUGACCACUUCUGGUUCCAUAGUCCCCGUCUUGUCCUCUAUUUGAUCCAUUUCAUACUCUUUCAAAAUGCUUUUGAGAUUGCAUUUUUCUUCUGGAUACUGACCUCAUUUGGAUUUGACUCUUGCAUCAUGGGACAGGUUCGUUAUAUUGUCCCCAGGCUUAUAAUUGGGGUGAUUAUUCAGUUACUUUGUAGCUACAGCACCCUUCCACUCUAUGCCAUUGUCACCCAGAUGGGGAGUUCAUUCAAGAGGGUGAUCUUCGAGGAGCAUGUACAAGAGGGCCUUGUUGGCUGGGCCCAGAUGGCAAAGAAGAGAAAGGGGGUCUCCAAACACCCUAAUCCCCAGGAUGGCCCCUCUCAGGCCAUAUCAACUCACCCGUCUUCUAUGGGACUUCAGUUGCAAAAGAUGGGACAGAAAGAAUCCAUAAUGGAAGAAGGAAUUGCUGGACCUGUUAUUGAUCCAUUAAUUGCUUCAAAGAACAGUCAAACAUCAGCACCAUGACCCUCUUGAGCAAUGACCGGUUUUGUGGUGCUCGUCUUCUGAAAUACUGAUUUGAAAAAAUCAUAUCCCCAACAUACUAUUUGCGUAUGGCAUUGACAGCCUUGAUUUGUAUCAUACUAGUGAAAAUGCAGUGCGAAACUAGUGACAAUGGUGUUGAAAUGCAUAGCGUAGCCAGUAGUGCAACUUUCUCCUACGGCAUGGUAUGCUUGUGUUUAUAUUUCAUACAGGAAAGGAAAUGUUAUCAACUUUCUCCAACGGCAUGGUAUGCUUGUGUUUAUAUUUCAUACAGGAAAGGAAAUGUUAUCGUUAUUGUAGUAGGUUAUUGUAGAAAUUUGAGAAGGAAAAAAAAAAAAAAAAACAAAAUAAAAAU